CAACAUGGAGGACACACCGAGCUGCAAACUGUUGGACCCCGCGAGGCUUUCAUCUGCCCGCGAACGUCUAAUGAACUGCUAUUCACCUGUGCAUCGUCUAUUUAAAGUGCGUGGGCUUUGCGGGGUUUUAUUGUGCCCUUCUCAUGACGUCACGCUGACAGGUGUUGCACAUCUCACGCACACAAUGCUGCCACAUGUCCGCUCGGUUAUGGCACCGCUGCGUUAUUAUCUGAUGCAUGAGGGCGGUGAUGCAUAUGGAGGAAGCCAUGCACCCUCUGCGAUGUCUUGUUGAAGGUGACAAGUAAACACAGCUGGUCAGGGAGAUAUGUGUAGUAUACAUUAAUAAAAAUAACAAUCAGAAUCAGAAAUGUUUUAAUGCUAUGUAUAUUUACAUAUACAUAGAAUGUGUCAUGGCGGGUGGAGCAACAAUAGACAAUGACAUUAACAACAAUCAACAAUAAAAGAAUAAAUAGUGCGAUAAUUAAAACUAUAAAUAUAAGUGUGAGGUAAAGUGCACAGAUGGGCAGGUUACAGUCAUUUAACAAGUGUAAGGUGAAGAGUUAUGUGUAUUUAAGUGUGUUUAAGUGUAUUUAAAUGAAGAAUUAAGUGAUGUGCAGGGGGGUGACUGGAAGGAAAUGACCUGGGCAAUGAAUACUCAAGUACUAAUAACACGUAGUAACAUGUACUUUCGUACUUUGUCUUAGAUUUUCAUGCUUCAUGUUGUUUGGGUAGUUUUGAUUUGACUUGAUGCUUUCGGUGCCUUUUGCUGUUUAUACUUGCACGCUUUUUUACUCGAGUAACAAUUUCGAAGCUCAGGACAACGCUUUUUUGAAUUUGUACAUUUACUAGUAAAUAAUCAGAAUACACUGGCAAUUUAUGGCAAUGGAGAUUAUGCAGUCUUUUGAAAGUUAAAAUCCGUAACUGGUUCAGGAUCAACACACACACGUAGUCGGCCUUGUAUCAUCUCAAUAAAUUUCUUUCUCUGAUAUUGUUUUCUCCUCUCUGCGGUGACGACUCUUCCAUCUUGACGUUGACCAGGAACCUGCUGGUUCCCCGAUGAGCACGAGCCUGACCGCCGGGCCCCCUGGCGACACCCCCGCUAUCACAGAAGAGCCCGAGAGCAAGAUGACCGCAGUCGAGAAGAAGGACAAGAAGCCGGAUGAAGUGGCGGAAGAGGAGGAGGAGGAAGAAGAAGAAGAAUACGUGGUGGAAAGGGUCCUGAACCGGCGGGUGGUGAAAGGGAGAGUGGACUAUCUCCUCAAGUGGAAAGGCUUCUCCGAGGAAGACAACACGUGGGAGCCGGACGACAAACUGGACUGUCCGGAUCUGAUCGCCGAAUUCCUGCAGUCCCAGAAGACGGCACGCGACGGAAAGAGGAAGGCGGCCGGAGACGCCGACGGGGACGAGAGCAAGACGAAGAAGAAGAAAGACGACGCGGAGAAGCUCCGGGGCUUCGCCCGAGGCCUGGAUCCAGAGAGGAUCAUCGGCGCCACAGAUUCCACCGGAGAUCUCAUGUUCCUCAUGAAAUGGAAAAACUCGGACGAAGCCGACCUGGUGCCGGCGAAGGAGGCCAACGGGAAGUGUCCCCAGGUGGUCAUCUCUUUCUACGAAGAGAGACUCACUUGGCACUCGUAUCCCGCGGAGGACGAGAAAAAAGACGAGAAAAACUAGUUUUUUUAAAAGGGUAGUUUUAAACUUCAUUGUGCUUUUCCAGAGGGGUUUUGGAGGGUCGGGGGAGGGGGGGGGGGGGUGAGCGAGACACCUUUGGACCCAUUCGUUCUACUUUUAUCUGGAUGUUCUCUAACUGUACAUAUGCUUCAGGUUUGCUCGACUAAACUGGAAUGUAAAACGCAGCGUUCAGUCCCCGUUCCUCACGACAUUCGCUGUCUUGCUGUGACAUCGUAUCAGUGUGCUGGUGGUUUUAAAUUCAGUCGAGUGCCUUUUAAAAAGAGCACUCCGUGGUCCAUCGGUGCUUUUGAGGUCAGACCCGUGUCCAUCUCGGCUGUUUGGUGUGGUCUUCUCCGUGAUCCCGUUGGUCUUGGUUCUGUUUUUCACUUCUCGCUUGUCGGUUUUGGAGAAUAAACCACUUUUUUGGUUA